AUGAAAACUCAAAGCAUAGCAGAGACGCUGAAAAGGGCUGAGGCUCUUCAGAAGGAAAAAGAGUCGGAAAACAACUGGAGCAAGAUGGACUCGGCUCUGGAGGCACUCUCCAGUGUGAAAAAGAAGGAGGACGCGCAAAAGAUGGUAAAAAUACUGCCCUUGAUGUGCACAGCUAUACAAAGUAACAGAAGCAAGCUGAGCGGAACGGGGUGCAAGUGCAUGAUAAACCUCUUUGAGCUUAUGGGGGAGGCCCUGCACGAGAACCUUCCCUCUAUUUUCCCCAGCCUAGUGAGCGCCCUCGGAAAAACCAACCGGGUUAUAUUUACGCGGGCACUGAACACGGCCAGCACAAUCGCGGAGAAGUGCUCUGUCAAAAGCAUAGCUCGGCACAUCCGCAUGGGCAUAGGGAGCCACAGCAAGACGGUUCGCCAGGGGCUUUUGGAGAUGGCCAUCCGGGGGGUUGAAAGAGAAAGAAUAAAAGAGCUUGUCGAAGUACUUGAAAUAUCAGUGGAAGAUAUAAACCCAGAGGUAAGAUAUCGGGCGAAGGAGGGGAUGGCGCUUAUAUCAGAGAUGGACAGAAAGGCCAUAGCAAAGGCAACGAACAAGAUGGCCGAACAGAGCAGGGCUAGAGAGGAGAAAACUGAAGAGGAGAAAAAUGAAGAAAAAAUCACCCCGAGCGUGCUCUCAACAGUGGAGGUGUCGCCAAACCCGGGGAAGCUUCUGCUCAAGUCCUCUGGCGCAAACGUGAUUGUGCGUGGCCCCAUACGCUCGUUUGCCACGGCAAUUCAGAUGGAAAGAAGCCCGAGCAGCAUGCUGAAGCCGGGGCACUCUCUGGAGAGAAUUGGGCUGCGGCUGGAGAAGCACCAGAAGGAGAUAGAGGAGGGGCUUAAGAAGGAGUGGACGCCAAGAAAGACCCCCAUUGUGAAGAAAAGGCAAAGGCCAAGCAUGGGAACCCCAGUUAGCAUAAAGAAAACAGGCAGCUAUGCAAGCGCAUGCGAGAACCAGGGAGAAGAAAACCACGACUCUUUCAAUGUCUCCGAGGAGAUAGGAAAUCUGUCUAUAUCCAGAACAGAAGAGACAGAGCAUAUUGUAGAAAACAAGGAAAUGCAUGACAGUAUAUUCAGCAGCAAGGAGAUGCGCGGGACGAGGGGAUUUAUAGAAUCGUGUGAAGCUGCAGCAGAGGCGAGCGACUCGGAGUACUCUAUUUUGGCGCCAGACGUUCUUAUUAAAAGAUCAACCACGAAGAAGAUAUAG